UCACGACCCAUCUCUUCAGUGAACAUAGUCCUUAGAUGAAUACUUGCACACCUCAAUUUUGACCGUCGCUUAGCACCACAUGUCUCGACCAGCUUCUCCCGCCUCCUCCGUCGGUAGUCACAUAUCGGGAAUUUCCCAUCCCCCUAGUUCGUGCAAACGCCCUCACAUGUCCGUUCUUAAUGGUGUCUCAGGUGAUGAGCUCCUCAACCGGGUUAAUGAUUGGGAUGAUGGACCGAAUCGAGUUUCCUUAAAGUCACCUACGUCUCGGAGGUUCUUGGGUUUGUCUGAGCAUUUUACAAGGACUCCCAAGGAGGAGGAUAACAGAGCAACACGGGUCCCUGAGCCACCUGUGCUGGACGAGAUCUUACCAAGUUCGCAUGUGGACCACGAAUCAAACCGGAAUGGGGAUAUUGAGGAGUCUAAAGCUUCCGAUGAGCUCGACAAAUUAAAAAAAGACUAUCAAGCGAAACUAUCAGCCUGGCGCUCUCGCCACAUUCUUGUGUUGCGCCUAAAUACCAUGCAUUAUAAGACAAUCCAGGAGCAGGCCGGCGAAAUCCGGCAGCAGGCUAGGGAAAUUCGAUUUCUACGAAAGCAAAGAGAUGACUAUCGUGACAUGCGGAGGAACUACUGGGUCCCCAGACUGCCUUCGCACUGGGAUACCGAGCAACAGCUGCUGCAGGCGGAGCAGAUCCGGUCCCUCACUGCGGAAAGAGACUACUAUCGCGGUGAACGAGAUCUUUACCGUAACCAUAUUUCUCGCCUCGGUCUGCUGGCUGACCUGCACCUCCCGGAGGCACCCCUUGAACCAGCUUCUUUGAAGGAUGCGGAGGGUCAGGACACGGAUUCUACUGACUCCAUACCAUUACAACUUUCCCAAGGAGCACAAGCGUGACACGGCGGACGGGGAAAACGAUGUAGUCUUAGGUAUCGCAGACUAACAGUG